GCCUGUUACAUCAACGUCAGGGGAUUAUCGGAGCACAGCUGGAAUAGAAGGUUGAUUCACGGAGGUGAGAGACUGGUUCAGUGCAGCCUAGCAAACAGUUUUUAAAAAUAACGAAAAAGCGAGAGACGGGAAAGGUUCUUUUUCUGCUGUUUCAGGAAUGAAAGGAGAGCCUUUAUUCAGAGGAAUGAGAGACGCCAGUUUUAAUCGAGACUUUCACCUUUUGGAAGGAGGACGGGUCUUCAUUCCCCAGCACAUGGACAGACAGUAUGCACUAGGAGCCGACUUCCACCAGAUCACUGAUUUCAAUGACCUGCCUACUUCACUGUUCGCAUGCAAUGUCCACCAGUCUGUAUUUGAAGAAAAAGGUGGGAAGGAACAUUUCGAGGCACUCUUCCUUUCUUAUGAUGAGCAUGUGACAUUCCAGCUGUUUAAAAGCUUCAGGCGUGUGCGGAUUAACUUCAGCAACCCGAAAGCAGCAGCCAGGGCCAGGAUAGAGCUGCACGAGACGCAGUUCAGAGGAAAGAAGCUCAAGCUUUACUUUGCCCAGGUGCAAAACCCAGGUACAAGUGGAGUUAACCUGCACCUGGCUCCUCCAAAGCCAUCCAAACAGUUCCUAAUCUCCCCUCCAUCAUCACUGCCAGUAGGAUGGCAACAGAUAGACGAUGCCACCCCUGUGAUCAACUAUGACCUGCUUUAUGCAGUUGCAAAACUAGUGCCUGGAGAGAAGUAUGAGCUCCAUGCGGGAACAGAGUCGACACCCAGUGUGGUCGUCCACGUCUGUGACAGCGACAAUGAGAAAGAAGAGGAACCAAAAAACUGCCCCAAACCAAAAAUCGUCCAGACAAGACGCCCUGAUCUUCCUGUGACCAUGCCUCGCUGAAUUCCC